CGUCAGCAUCAAAUCAUCAUCAAAAAUGGGAGAAAGAAUUAUAGAACCUGAAAGUGAAAUUGUGAAAGCAUUCAAUGAGUUUGCGAUUGAUCUUUAUAUGAAAACUGUUGAAGGACGAAAGGGAAAUUUAGUCAUCUCACCAAUAACAUUAGAGAUCCCUCUCAUAGUUGCUUCUGUUGGUGCUGGAAGAGGUACACAAACUCAAUGGGAAUUAAUGAAAGCAUUAAAACUUGAAAAAAAAUUCACGAUAGCUGUGCUUGCAAAGGAAUGUAAAACAACCAUGCAGGAAAUAAAGAAGACAAAGGGAGUUAAAGUUGCAACUCGAUUGUACAUAUCCGAAGGACUUAAACAGAUUCCAUCAUUUAAGCACAUAUCAAGGAAAAUGUUUGACUACACACCAAAGUACAUCGACUUCACCAACAGAAGAUUAGUAGCCCAAAAAAUCAACCACUUUGCACUUAGCAAUACGCAAAAAAAGCUCGGAAAAAUCAUCUCAAAAGAAGAGCUUAGUGGAAACACAAAAAUGGUCAUUGCUAAUGCUAUCUACUUCCGAAGACCUUGGGAUGAAGAAUUUGAUAAACGAGAAUCUUUUAAAAGUCCAUUUUUUGUUGAUGAUCGUCACACAAUUUAUGUAGAUUAUAUGUGUUCAAGAACAAUCAUGAAAUAUGCAUCAAUAAAGUACCUCGGAGUAAGACUACUGGAACUGCCAUUCAAAAACUCAGAUUUAGUCAUGACAUUCAUUCUCCCGAACAAUCCAAAUGGACUGCGUGAUUUUGAGCAAAAACUUAGUACAAUCAAUAUUAUGGAAGCUGUGAAGUAUUUGAAGCCUAUCACAGUUACUGCUGAGAUUCCUGUUUUUAGGAUUGAGAGUAAUGUGAAUAUGAUUGAGCCGUUGAAGAAGCUGGGAAUUACGAGAAUAUUUUCCCCAAUAGCACAGUUUCAAGAAAUGUUUGAUGAAGAUCAUGAUGUUAUGCUGAAUAAUGUAGUGCAAAAAGCUUGCAUUGAAAUUAAUGAGGAAGGAGAUAAGAUUUCGACAUCAACAGCUUUUAUUUCUCAUCAUAAUCGUCCUACAGCAUCCAUAAUAAGAUGGACAACAACACAACAAACUGAUCAUUUUAGCUGCUUUCAUCCAUUCAUGUUUAUCGUGAGAUGCACAAGAACUAAUUUGAUUCAUUUCAUCGGACGAGUAAGUUUUGAAAAGGAAGAUAUUUCCUAUAUCCCAGAAAAAGUGUACAGAACAUCUGCAGAAAAGGAAGUUCAGACAGAUAAUCUUGAAGAUGAGAAUGAAGCAUCAACUGAUGAAGAGAAAGGAGUGCUUAACAAAAAUCUGAGUGAUGGGAAUGCAGUAAGUCAAAUUGUUAAGGAAGACGACGACGAUGACAUAGAAUUUUAAAGCUGUACAAUUAAUUUGUAAAACUCAAAUA